AAAACCACCCCAGGCCUCAACUGCUUUUCACGCCAGAAGCCUCACAAUUGACAAGGUGACGACCACUGUCGAUACUGCAUGUUGAAUCUCAGGCUUCUGUACCAAUGAGCCUCCUGCUGCCAUCAUCUCGUGUUUUGUGUGUUUGCUUGAUGGCUGCUCUGCUACGGACAUGUGCGAUGCAUGAUAUGACCUGAAGUAUCAUCAUGUGGGCAUCUGGAAUUCCAUCAUGGAAAACGAGGCUUCCCUGGCCGCGACCAUUCAUCGUCGAGCCCGUCAAAACGGCCGACUUGACAUCGAAAGGAUCGCGAAUACCGUGGUAUGCAAUAUGCCUCUUCGCGCUGACCGUCGUUGGCAGCGUCGUACAACUUCUGGUCGCACUCGAGGUAUCAUGGGCCAGGCCAAUCGCUGCUCUUUGGGGUGUUGCAGCCUUGUACAUCGCAAUUUGGCCUCCGAGAACAGCCUCAAUAUGUCUUCUACUUGACCUUUCCUGCAUUGCUGCUGCUGGAGUUGCCCUCUUUUCCUACGUCUUCUCCGACGACACUUUCGGGCGCAAUGCAAUCCUCACACUGUCAAGCACAGGACUGGCCAUCAUCACUCUAGCCACUAUAGUGAGCAUGCCCCUCCGCGACCCAGCAUUGAGUCGCGCCGAGAUAAGUCACCCUUUUACUCCUCCAACAAGUGCUCUCCGAUCGCCAGAGGACAACAUGACAUUGUUCCAAUGGAUGACGGUUUCAUGGCUGGCCCCUUUAAUCAAGAUCGGCAACAAGCGCCAGCUUCACGACGAAGAUGUAUGGAUGUUGGGUUACGAGUUUCAGCAUCGGCAGCUUCAUGAUGCCUUUCGCGAGCUUCAAGGCAGUGUCGUUCGACGUCUCUUGGCCGCCAACUGGAUAGACUUGGUGCUUCUGACACUUCUAGCCGUCCUGGAAUUGGUUACAAACUAUUCUGCUCCGGUAAUCCUGCAGAGGCUCCUCAAAGCAAUGGAAGAAAUAAAGACAAACAAGCAACCUGCAGUCACCUUUGCACUUCUGAUAUUGGUCGUCAGGUUUGUCGCAGCUCAGAGCGCCGUUGUCAGUCUAUGGUUUCAGAGACGGUGCUAUGAGCGGUCCAGAGGUGAAAUGAUCACGAUGCUGUAUGAAAAGACUCUUCACCGGAAGAUCCUGGGCGGAAUGCCCCAAGAAAACGAAAAAGGCGUCAAACACGCUGAACAUGGAUCAAUUCGAGAUCCCCAGACCGCUGGGUCAGGCGCGCUACCGGAGUCCGAGCAGCUACUGAACGGCUACGACAAGUCCCCGCGGAGCUUUGCUCGGCGUGCUCAGAGAGCCAUCUACCAAGUUCGAUCAUUUUUUACUUACAAGGGGAAUUCCGAUGUCGAGCAGAAGGCGUCCGCCUCAAUGGGCAAGAUAUUCAACCUUUUCCGGUACGAUGUUUACGAAGUUGCUCAACGAUUCUGGGAGUUUCAGAACCUGAUCAACAAGCCUCUGGGGCUCGUUCUCUCCAUCAUACUGAUCUGGCGUAUGGUGGGAUGGCCGUGCUUGAUUGGUGUGGCAGUAGUCAUCGUGGCGCAGAUGUUCAACUACAUUCUCGCACGUAUUCUGAUGACGUGGGAAACAGAGCGGCGAAAGGCAACAGAUGUCAAGUUGCAAAAGAUAUCUCAAUACGUCGAGGCUAUUAGACACUUGAGGUGGUAUGGCUGGCAUUUCACCUGGCUCGAUGGGGUGAUGUCAGCCAGGCAGAGGGAGCUGAACUUGAGGAUCGUCACUUACCUCUGGAAUUCGGCCAUCAAAUUCCUCAACUCAAUGACAAGUGGCAUUCUCCCUGUCGCCACGUUCUACGCAUACACAGUCCUUGCAGGUCACCAACUACGUGUUGAUGUCGCAUUUCCCGCCCUACAACUCUUCGCUUUGUUGCAGACAAACAUUCGAGAACUUCCGGGAUUGAUCGCUACCUUACUGAAUGCAUCGGUGGCUGUAGGUCGUAUUGAAGAGUUCAUUGCGGAGCCUGACAAAGUGGAAAGAUCUGAAAAUCAACAAUACACGCAGGGCGACCUCGAACUGAAGAAUGCCUCCUUCUCAUGGCCUGGUCUCUCCACUUUGACGCUUCGCAACAUCUCGUUGUCCUUCCCCCAGGGCUUGACUGUGGUGUAUGGACCUGUUGCAGCAGGAAAAACGGCUCUUCUUCAAGCUCUCCUUGGUGAACUUGAUCUCCGUGAAGGUGAAUUGUUGCGGCCCGAUGCUCCUGUCGGAUACUGUUCUCAAACACCAUGGCUACAAAGCAUGAGCAUCCGGGAAAACAUACUGUUCAACUCGCCCUAUGACGACGCGCGAUAUAAGAGAACUCUAGAAGCUUGUGCCCUCCUCCCGGACCUCGCCGGCUUCAAACACGGUGAUCUAUCGAACAUUGGCGAGAACGGCAUUGGACUCUCGGGCGGCCAAAAAUCCCGAGUCGCCCUUGCAAGAGCGGUCUACAGUCGAGCACAAAUUCUACUUCUCGACGACCCCUUGAGCGCUCUGGAUCAACAGACUGCAGAGUGGAUUGUCUCAAAGUGUCUCUGUGGCAGUUUAAUGGAAAGACGUAGCGUCAUCCUGGCAACGCACCGGACAGAUCUCUGUCAGCAUGUGGCCUCUCAACUAGUUGAAAUUUCCCACGGCAACGCCACUUUACACAAAAACGAUGAAGAUUUGACGACGUCAACUUCCGCGACGAUUGUGGAGGGCGCUGAUUCCGCCCGAAGCGAAGAUACGGAAAAGGAUAUUGAUGAAUCCGCCGCUGUUCCCGACAAGUUCGUGGAAGAUGAACACAGAGCCCAUGGAGGUGUCCAGCUAGCUAUUUACUGGCAAUAUAUCAAGGCUGGAACGCUCAGAUGGUGGUUCAUGGUCGUUUUGACGGCUGCUGUGUGCCGAAUAACGUACGUCAGCGAGAGCUGGUUCUUGAAGGAAUGGGGAGAGGCAUACGAUCGAGUCAAGAUGCACGUCCUCACUUUGCAAAAGUUCGAUUCCGAAGUCCACCUUCUUGAAAGUCCCAUCGCCGGUCUUUUCGAUCGAUUCCCCGACCCUGCAAGGAACGUCAACCCUUGGCUCCUCGGCUAUCUUGUCAUUGUUAUCUGCGAAACGGUGGCUCUAGUGCUGAGUCAAAUUUCGAUGCUCGUCGUCACGUACAUUGCGGCGCGCCGCAUGUUCCGAGAUAUUAUGCUCCGAAUCAGCACCACGACCUUUCAUUUCUACGAUGUGACGCCAGUCGGUAGGCUCAUGAAUCGCCUGACGUCGGACAUUGGGACCAUCGACGGCAACAUUGCUGACCAAUUCUUGGUGGUGAUAUGGUACGCCAUUGCAUGGCUCUCCUCCAUGAUCGUGAUUGCAAGCGUCACACCGAUCUUUUUGGUCUUUGCAGUCGCGUUGACACUGGCCUUUGUGGUAAUUUUCCUGCAGUUUUUGCCGACGUCGCAAAGCCUGCGUCGGCUCGAGAUGGUGUCCCUAACACCUCUUAUGACCAACUUUGGCGCGUUGCUCAACGGUCUGAUGACGGUCCGAGCAUUUUGUGCGCAGCCUCAGUUCCAAGAACGUAAUAUUCAAGCCACCGAUGCCUUUCAGAAAAUGGACCAUUUCUACUGGAGCCUGCAAGCUUGGUUGAUGUACCGAUUCGAUACGUUAUCCGCAGUGUCAACAUUUCUCCUGACCCUGAUGGCCAUCUUCUCCGGUCUCUCGGCCGGACUCACUGCUUUCGUGCUUGUUGCCGCUCAAAAGUUUGUUCAAUCCACUCAUGCUAUCUGCAAGCAGUAUGGACAGCUACAGCUCAACUUCGUGUCCGUGGAAAGAGUCGUGGAACUGAUGCAUAUUGAGCAAGAACCUCAGGGAUCCCUUCAACCGCCAGCAGCUUGGCCCAAAUACGGCAGCGACAUUGUCUUCGAAAACGUGACAGUCCGCUAUCAGCCGCAUCUCGAGCCAGCCUUGUCAGAUGUUUCGGUUACAUUCCGAGGUGGAACUACCAAUGCAAUCACCGGAAGAACUGGGUCGGGCAAGUCAACUUUGGCGCUUGCGCUCCUUGCCACCAUCACGCCUGAUUCGGGCCGCAUCCUGAUUGAUGGCAUAGACAUUUCCAAGGUCGCCAAACAAGCGUUGAGAACCAGGGUCACAUUCUUGGCUCAGGAACCUGUUCUCUUUCCAGGAUCGCUACGCCACAACCUCGAUCCGAUGGAGGAGCACUCGGACUAUGCUUGCGAAGCUGUAAUAUCCAGGGUCUGCGGCAAGUAUGGCUGGACCUUGGACACGGAGAUUGACAACGGCGGCCGGAAUCUCAGUCAAGGUCAGAGGCAGCUGGUUGGACUUGCCAGGACCAUUCUGAGGAGAAGUGCGAUUGUCAUAAUGGAUGAAGCAACUGCCAGCAUUGACAUGGAGACCUCUGCAGAGAUCCAGCGGGUGUUGAGAGAGGAGUUGCAGGAAAGCACGAUCAUCACCAUCGCUCAUCGUGCCACAGCUGUGGAAAACGCCGACUUUUGCGUCGCAUUGGCAGCCGGGCGUGUCUUAAGCCAGGGUAGUCCUGAGCACUCUGAAAUCUAGGAGUUAUGGAAACGGGGUCAUGGGUGAGGAAAAGGAGGAUCCUAUGCAUUAAACGAUGACACGAUACUAGAAUGGUAUGAUGGGAUUGACUAGAAUUCUGGAAGUCUGUUUGACAGGGCAUUUGAUGGUAUUUGCAGCAUGCCGGGGACGCUCUUCCCUACAGUACGGAUCGUACCUUACCGUUCGUCUCUUCAACGUAUCCCCGUGCGCACAUGACUGUAAUGGCUGCAUAUGAAAUGAGCGAUCAAGAAC